AUGUCUAACCAAAGAAGAUCUGUGCUUUCUCCCCUGCUGUUCUUCUGUUUCUUCCGAGAGAGCGCCUGCAUUUGUGAUGGGACAAUCUGGACGAAGGUCGGAUGGGAGAUUUUUCCGGAGGAAGUGCACUCCCUGAAAGCUAAGGCUCCCCCAUCCCACUGUCUACCUUACCCUCUGGACAAAUUCUGCUGCAACUUUGCUAACGUGGACCUAAUCCAGAGUUCUUUACGCCUCACGUACAUCUUAGUGCAAGCUCUCUUCUUAAUUCUGUUUGUUUUAUCUGUGCAUUAUCUAUGGAUGAAAUGGACGAGACACCAAAGAAAGCUGAAAAAGCAAGCCUCUUUAGAGAAACACGGUAAUGACCUAGAGAGUCCAUCCAUCUAUGACAUUGAACAAAUCCUCUGCAGACUGCUGACCACGACAUCAAUGAUGACCAAGUUCCUGAAGCAGGUGUCCCAACAUUCUUCCCUUAAAAAAGUUAAGCGACUACAUAAAGUAAAGAGGAAGAAGAAUAAAGGAGAGGAGCUGAAGGAUUCUAAAUCUAAGCACAUGCAAAUGUAG